CAGCUUCCGGCGGGAGGCGGAAGCCCCGCUUCUGGGCAGAGUCAGGGAGCUGGGACUGCUGGCCGCCCAGGACGAGAAGGUUAAAUUGAUUAACUGCCCGGAACAGCUUAGCUCAGAGAAGAUCAGUAUGCUCUGGUGGGAAAUAUGAGAAUAACAGGAGUUGGUCGUUGACUUUGAGUUGAGCUUUGUAACUCCUUUUAGCGGUUACAGUAUUUGGAAGCUGAAUCAAUGUUAUCGGAUGAGCUAGAGUCCAAACCAGAGCUGCUGGUCCAGUUUGUUCAGAACACGUCCAUACCAUUGGGACAGGGUCUGGUGGAACCUGAACCUAAAGAUAUCACUUGUCUGUCCCUGCUGCCUGUUACUGAGACCUCAGAAUGCAGCCGGCUCGUAUUACCAGAUGAUACUCCAAAUCCUUCCAACUCCUGUAAGGAGGUCCCUUCCUCUGCUGUGUUGAGAAGCCUUCAAGUGAACCUGGGCCCUGAAGGAGAGGAAACAAGGGCACACACUGUACAGAAGUCCCCUGAGCUUUUGUCAACUCCGGAGUCUCCUAGCUUGUUGCAAGACCUUCAACCAAGUGAUAGUACUUCUUUUAUCCUUCUUAAUCUAACAAGAGCAGGCCUGGGCUCCUCAGCUGAACACUUAGUAUUUGUCCAGGAUGAAGCAGAGGACUCUGGGAAUGACUUUCUCUCCAGUGAUAGCGCUGACAGCAGCAUGCCAUGGUUCAUCCGGGUUCAGGAGUUGGCCCAUGACAGUCUGAUUGCUGCUACUCGUGCACAGCUGGCAAAGAGUGCCAAAGCCAGUAGCAAUGGGGAAAAUGUUCACCUUGGUCCAGGUGAUGGGCAGUCUAAAGACUCUGGGUCCCUCCCCCACCUUCCUCAAGAGGAGAAAAGGCUCCAGUGCACAGUUGAGGGCUGUGAUCGGACAUUUGUGUGGCCAGCACAUUUCAAGUACCACCUAAAAACCCAUAGGAAUGACCGUUCUUUUAUUUGCCCUGCUGAAGGCUGUGGGAAAAGCUUUUAUGUGCUUCAGAGACUGAAAGUGCACAUGAGAACUCACAAUGGGGAGAAGCCCUUUGUGUGUCCUGAGCUGGGAUGUGGCAAGCAGUUCACCACUGCUGGAAAUCUGAAGAAUCACCUUCGGAUCCACACAGGGGAGAAGCCAUUCCUGUGUGAAGCUGAAGGCUGUGGCCGUUCAUUUGCUGAGUAUUCCAGCCUUCGGAAGCAUCUCUUGGUUCACUCAGGCAUGAAGCCCCAUCAGUGCCAAGUUUGUGGAAAAACCUUCUCUCAGAGUGGGAGCCGGAAUGUGCACGUGAGGAAACAUCACUCAAGGAUGGGAGCAACAGGAAAUCGAGAGCGAGAGCAAACAGCUGAACCGCUAAUGGGUAGCAGUUUGCUUGAGGAAGCUUCAGUACAUAGUAAAAACCUGGUGUCUUUAAACUCACAGCCCAACCUUGGAGUAGAGUCCUUGCACCUACCAGAUACUAACACCAUCCUGGGAGUAGAGGAAGAAGUGCUUGCAGAAGGAGCUUCACGUUCUUUGUCUUCAGCACCAGAAGUGGUUCUGUCACAGUCACAUCACCUGGUGCCCAUGUCUACUGGGAGACAGUCAUAUGAGGUUUCUGCCUUAUUACAGUAAAUCUACAGGAGUUACUAAAGCAAGGUGGUGUAUCAGAAAAAUGGACAUCAUAACGAAUGUUGAUUCUUGGAAGAACUAGCUAUAUGCUUGAGUCCCAAGUGCACACAUUGGGGUACAGGAUGCUUUUAGCUUAUGGUCUGACAGAACCAAAAUGAAACUGAUGCAGGCUAUGACUGGCCCUCAUUCAUCUUUUCCUUGCACACAGAAUGAAUGUGGGAGUGAUCAUUGCUCUGGGGCCUCUUCAAACUUACCAUCUGAUGCAGAGGAGGAAUAAAGCACUGAAUGUGAACUGGGUAACUGUCUUUCUUCCUCCCAUUGCAUUUUGGGGCUGACUUCUGAAGGUGAAUUUGAUUUAGAAGCAUCAGCUAACGUGGGAUGUUACUGUUGAUUGGAGGAAGACUUGUUUCCCAUCCUGCCUCAGCUAUCUUUUCACAUGGAUGAAUACAGUUCUGCCUAUGAGGUGACAGAACUUCUCCAGGAAGCCGAGAUUUCAAGAUGCCUUGUGGCUUUGGGGGAAGGGGUGUUAUCAGUUCUAAGUGACCUUCUUUCUUUUGGUUACUUAGCAUGAGUUUUCCCCCUACUGGGCUGCAAAUAUAAAAUUUACUUGAAUCCCCCUUGGCCCUAGGGCUGAGAUGCCAUCUUCUCCUACCCACCUCCACUUGGUCACUUUGCCCCAUACUGUUUUCUUAGUUUCUAAAACUUAUGGUAGCAUGUUAAAGAAGAUUUUUAAUUUAAAAAUCAGAUGAUGAGCUUCAUUUGUUUUAUCUUUAAAUAAACAAACCAACAGCCUA